AUGGCAUUAUUACCAGGCUCGUUAUUAUCUAGCAUCUUCCUCUUCUCCCUCACCAGCCUCACCAUUGCAGCAACAGACAACGGAGAUGAAUGCUCAUGCUUCCGAACGAACGGCUCCUCGCAAGGCUAUUUCCUGAACCAUCAAUUCCACGACUACAGAAAUGUAGCUGGAGCGUCGAAUCCACCUCCGUUCACAACCAAUGCGACGAAUGCGACCAACGCCUUGGCAACAUCGCCGUUCUUCCUUGAGGAUGAGUGGAAAAAUGAGUGGACGGUGCAGAAUUGGAAUAAUAGCGAUACGUUAGCAUCAUCUGGAGCUUCAGUCUUCAUGGUCAAUACCCCAAAUAAUGUCUACAUUCAACAAAGCAACGACAGUUCCCCCGACUACACAUCCUACCUCACUCUGCGCACCGCCCGCCACGAAACCUUCCAAUCUGUCGCCGAAAUCGACUCCGUCGAGCAAGACUUCCACUACAUGUCCGCGCGCUUCAUGGCACGAGUGACCGGCUCGCCCGGUGCUUGCGCAGGAAUAUUCACAUAUCUAGCAGGCGACACGGCGUCCGAUGUGCAAGAAGCAGACAUCGAGAUCCUAACCCGCGAUCCAAGAAAUAGAGUACAGUAUACCAACCAGCCGUCUGUGGAUAAAGCCGGAGACGAUGUCCCGCAGGCGACGGUCAAUGGCACGAAUCCUGGGGAUAGGGACUGGACGCUGUGGAAUGUUUACCGCGUGGAUUGGAUGCCAAAGAUGAGUAGCUGGUAUGUGAAUGGUGAGAGUGUUGCCAAUAUCAGUUUCCAGACGCCGAAGGAUCCAGCAGGGUUAAUCAUCAAUAUGUGGAGUGAUGGGGGUUUAUGGACGGGAAAUAUGAGUCUCUUUGAUGAGGCGUUCUUGCAGAUUCAGUGGAUUGAGUUGGUCUAUAAUACGAGUGGGCCAUAUGGAGGGUUGGAGAAUAGAAAGAGAGAUUCGAAGGGCGCUGUGGGAGUGCUGGAGAAGAGGAAGGGUGCGCCGGGGUGUGAGGUGGUUUGUGGGGUGGAUGAGCAGGUUAAUGUUACGGGGACGCCGACGCUGCUUUAUAAUAAUACGGGAGAUGCUACGAUGGGAUGGAGGAGCGAGGGAAUGGGUGCGUUGGUCUGGAUACCCUUGGUUUUGGUUGGUAGUGCGAUGUUUGGAUAUUUCUAG